CGGAUUGCCGCAAGAUUUUGCCCGUCAGAUAACAGCUCAGUCGAUAUUUGCUUUUGACUCCUCUAUCUUUGUUGAAGCUGAAGUCUGCUGUACUCGAAUUGAUCUUGCAACCCAAUUCCGAGCACAACGUUGUCAUUCCGAUUACAUUCACCACAGGUCUGACAAGCACAAUGUCCACCGUACAGCAGCUCUAUUCGCUCGAGGGCCAAACAGCCCUCGUCACAGGAGGAACACGAGGAAUCGGCCAAUCCAUGGCUAUUGCCCUCGCCGAAGCAGGAGCAGACAUCCUCCUCGUCCAGCGCGACGAGUCAAACCAUCAAACAAAACAAGCCAUCGAAAAACUCGGCCGCAAAGCAACAAUAUACACCGCAGACCUCUCCUCCAACGACUCUGUCACCCAACUCACGCCCAAAAUCCUCGCAGACGGCCACAGAAUCCACAUCCUGCUCAACUGCGGCGGCAUCCAGAAGCGCCACCCCGCGCACCAGUUCCCCGACAAUGACUGGAACGCCGUGCUGCAGGUGAACUUGACUUCUGUAUUCACGUUGUGCAGAGACGUCGGUGCCCAUAUGCUCGAGCAGCCCGCAGACCUGCCUCCCAAGCGCCGCGGCUCCAUCAUCAAUGUAGCUUCCCUGCUCACAUUUCAGGGCGGCAUCACAGUCCCCGCAUAUGCAGCGUCCAAGGGCGGUGUCGGACAGCUCACCAAAGCACUCUCAAAUGAGUGGGCGAGUAAGGGCGUUAGUGUGAAUGCGAUUGCGCCGGGGUAUAUCGCGACGGAUAUGAAUGAGGCGCUGAUCAAGGAUGAGAAGAGGGCCGAGAGUAUUUUGAGCAGGAUUCCGGCAGGCAGGUGGGGAAGUCCGGAGGAUUUCAAGGGCGCGGUGGUGUUUUUGGGGAGUGCGGCGAGUGCGUAUGUGUCUGGUGAGGUGUUGACUGUUGAUGGUGGGUGGAUGGGUAGGUAGAGAGACGAGUUGUCGUGGUUUACACAUUUAGAUUGUGGUAAUGGGA